CUAUCCACAUUAAUCAAAGAAAAACCCCAAAGAAACUAAGAAAGAUGGAUCCUCCAAAUCUCCCUCUCUUGCUUCUUCUCAUGUUUGCUUCCGCCAUUAACGCCCAAAAUCUCUUCCCACACGAGAUCUGUGCCACCACCGGCAACUUCACCGCCAACAGCACCUACCAAACCACCCUCACCACCCUCCUCUCCUCCAUCUCCACCACCAACUCCUUGUCCCUCACCUACGGCUUCUUCAAUGCCUCCGCCGCCGUCUCCGGCGCCUCCCAAACCCUCUACAUCAUCGGCUCCUGCCGCGGCGACCUCACUGCCGAGAGCUGCCGCACCUGCCUCAAUGGCUCAGCCUCCGACAUCCGCGGCCUCUGCACCCUCCAGAAGGGGGCAGUCCUCUACAACGAGAACUGCACCGUCCGGUACUCUAACGCCUCAAUCUUCGGCACAGUAACAACCGACCCUGACUACCAGCUGCUCAACGUGAACAACGUCACGAGCCCAGACACGUACAACGCGGCUCUACGGACACUGCUGGACAGCCUGCGGAGCGAGGCGGCAGGCGGCGGCUCGCUGAGGAAGUACGCAACGGGGAACACAUCGUCGGGUUUCGACACGAUCUACGCGAUGACACAGUGCACGCCGGACUUGACCGAGCAGCAAUGCAGCGACUGCCUGGUGACAGUCAUCGGAAGGCUCACGAACUGCUGUGCCGGGAAGAUGGGAGUGAGGAUCAUGGCGCCGAGUUGCCAAUUUCGGUAUGAGACCAAUGAUCGGUUCUUUGACCCAGUCGGCGAGCCACUUCCGUCGCCCGCACCGCCACCGCCGGUGGCAGAUGCGCUGCCUCCACCACCAGGUGGAAAGAGCAAUUCGAAUACGACUGUGAUCAUUGUGGUCGCCUCAAGUGUUUCUGCGGUACUCCUUAUCGGUGUUAUCGUACUCCUGAUAGUGAAAAGGAAGAAGAAGCAGCCCAGGCAAAGAGUUGAAGGUGAAGUCGUGGAUGAAAUUAGCACAGCGGAGUCGCUGCAAUUUGAUUUCGGCACUAUCAGAGAGGCAACGGAUAACUUCUCUAAUUCCAAGAAGCUUGGAGAAGGCGGUUUUGGUGCUGUUUACAUGGGUCAACUCUCCAAUGGACAGGAAAUCGCGGUGAAACGGCUGUCUCGGAAUUCCGGCCAAGGAGAAGUAGAAUUCAAGAAUGAGGUCAUGUUACUAGCUAGGCUACAACAUAGGAACUUGGUCAGGCUCCUAGGUUUCUGUCUGGAAGGAGUCGAGCGGCUUCUCAUUUACGAGUUUGUGCCCAAUUCAAGCCUUGAUCAGUUCAUAUUCGAUCCCCUGAAGCGUGCAAAUCUAGACUGGGAUAGGCGUUACAAGAUUAUAAUGGGCGUCGCUCGAGGGCUACUUUACCUACAUGAAGACUCUCGACUUCGUAUUAUCCAUCGUGACCUUAAAGCCAGCAACAUUUUGUUGGACUCGGACAUGAAUCCUAAGAUAUCGGAUUUCGGUAUGGCAAGGCUGUUUGAGUUGGACCAAACUCAGGCAGAGACAAACCGAAUUGUGGGGACCUAUGGAUAUAUGGCGCCGGAGUAUGCAAUGCAUGGAAACUUCUCGGUCAAGUCCGACGUCUUCAGUUUUGGUGUGCUAGUUUUGGAGAUUGUGAGUGGUCAGAGGAACAAUCUUUUCCAGGUGGGCGAUAACACGGAGGUCCUUACAAGCUAUAUUUGGAAGAAUUGGAGGGAAGGAACAAUAUCAAACAUCAUCGAUACCUCUCUAACUUCGGGUUCAAGUACCGAAAUUACGAGGUGCAUCCACAUUGGUCUGCUAUGCGUCCAAGAAAACGUGGUUAACCGGCCGACAAUGGCAUCGGUCCUUCUCAUGCUUAACAGCCACUCAGUCACGCUCCAAGUGCCAUCACAACCCGCAUUCUUCAUGCAUAGCGGCAUCGAAUCCGAUAUGUCAUCUACGCAAGGUUACGAUUCGAGGGUGUCUGAUGUCGACAAAUCAAGAAGCAAAUCGAACCAGUUCUCAAAAAACGAGGUUUCUGUGACCGAGCCUUAUCCACGCUAGCCUUGACAAAUGGGAGACCAACUUGCCUUAUGCAUUAAUUUGUGUUUGUCAUCGUUUUCAGAUCAUCAAAAUUACAUUCUCGUGAUAUAAUUCUUCCUAGCAAUUACUGUUUUUGUGCCGGAUUUUAUGCAUCAAACUAAGUGCAUUUUUCAAUAUA